UUCAAUUCAGAAAACUAAAUCAAGGUUUAAACAAUAUAUAAAUUAAAUAAAAUUGAAUUAUAUCUACCUAUGUACCUAACGUAACUUCAAAUCUUUAAAGAGGCCUCAACCAAUCAAUCAACUCUAGCAAAAAGGAUCAUGGCAAAGAAAACCUCAAGUUCCAAGUCCUCUAAACUGCCACCUCGUACCUCAAAAUUAGCAGCAGCAACAGCAGAGGAGGCAAUGCCAACUGAGCAACCAGCGCUGGAAGAGCAAACCUCAAUAGAAGAAACCAAAGCCCAGCAAAGGCUCUUAAACAUCUUCGGCGACACAUUCAAAGAUGUUCUCGGCGCUGACGACUUCAACACCGUCCUUCAAAGAGUGAAACAGGCAUUAUUCAACCGAGACUUUGAAGCAGCAUUCGGCAGUGAACAAUUCCUCGAAGUAUACGCAGCACGGUGGAGUCCAGCCCGUGCGCUUUGCUAUAGCAGAGUAUUUAACCAAAUCACCGGCGAUCUGGAGCCGCUUUUGCUCACCGCUGCUGCCGGUGAUACGGGGGAUGCGUAUAAUGACGAAGCUGAGCGGGGACGAGCUUCACCGACUGUAGAUGCGGGUGAAGAGGAGUGGGAGGAAUCGACAAAAAAGCAUGCUACCACCGAUAAUACUCUAAAAGUGUUUGCGAUUGGAGGGGGCGCCGCUGAGAUCGUAGCUUUUGGCGAGUAUCUUCGUGGUGCUACGUCUAAUGUUGCCGGAGAUAUUACACUUUUGGAUGUCGGUCCGUGGGGUGAAGUCGUAGAAAAACUACACACAGGCCUCACAACUCCGCCCGUACUAUCUAAAUAUGCGAGUGCUGCGGCCAAGGCAGCUAAUGCUGCUCUGGUUGAGCCAGCGACACGUUUACGAUCAACAUUCAUGCAGCAAGACAUUCUACAGCUCGAUAGCGAUAGUUUAUCGAAUUUUCUAGGAAAGACGCCCGUGAUUAUCACCAUGCUGUUCACGCUCAACGAACUAUACACAUCCGGCGGUAUCAAGCUGACAACAGCUUUCCUACGAAAUCUAAGCGUUGCCAUUCCGACCAGCUCUCUACUUCUAGUAGUCGACAGUCCAGGCAGCUACUCAGAGGCUGCCGUCGGCAAGGAAGCCAAGAAAUAUCCUAUGCAAUGGCUACUCGACCACACGCUACUCCAAACUGAUAAAUUGCCAUCCGAAGGCUGCACAUGGGAGAAAUUGAAAUCACACGACUCGAUCUGGUUCCGCCUUGGUGAAGGACUACGGUAUCCUAUUGCUCUACAGGAUAUGCGUUAUCAAAUGCACCUCUACUGCGCCAACCCCCGGCCUUCCGAUUGAAGCAUCCAACCGCCGGACUACUGAAUUUUAUAUAUUAUAUACACCUGACCAACAAGCAACACUCAGUCCGCCUACGCCCAAACCAGCUUCUUUAUGCUAUGACCCCACUGCUCAAGAAUCCCCGUGCUCCUCUUCGCCUCAGCGAGAGAAAUGAUAUCGCCUCUUUCGAUAAGGCUCUUUUUCUGUUCCGAGUCUUCCGGAACGGUUUGAUUGAGCUGAACUAAACGCUCGAUUUCUGUGGCGAUGACGUUGAUCUGCUCGUUCUCUGUCAUUCUUUUCACGUCUUUCGCGUCCGAUACAGCUGUUCUGGAAUGCAGUGCUUUAAGAGCAAUCUUCUGCGGCGGCUGCGAUUGCGCCUUUCCCGUAAUAGCGUUGAGAAUGCCUUGAUU